GAGCGGGUCAUGCCUUCCCCAUGCCUUCGCCAUCCUAGGAAAAUAAAUUUGCCAUCCCGGAAUGGCAAGUCUGAGUGACAUGUCACAUCUAUUGUUUUAUAUCUGCUUGUUGAAAAGAUGAUUAUGGUCCCAGUAGACACAUACGGCUUUGUAAUGUGUCAGGCGUGUAUUGGUGAUUAAUUGACUACAAAUAUGAACAGCAACGGGAAUAAGAGAGCUCCAACCACAGCCACGCAGCGACUUAAGCAGGAUUACCUCAGGAUAAAAAAAGACCCUGUGCCUUACAUCUGUGCAGAACCUCUACCCUCCAACAUCCUAGAAUGGCACUAUGUAGUCAGAGGUCCUGAGAAAACUCCAUAUGAAGGAGGAUAUUAUCAUGGAAAACUCAUAUUUCCUCGGGAAUUUCCUUUUAAACCACCAAGUAUCUAUAUGAUAACACCAAAUGGGAGAUUUAAGUGUAAUACAAGGUUAUGUUUGUCCAUCACAGACUUCCAUCCAGACACGUGGAACCCUGCAUGGUCCGUCUCCACCAUCCUCACAGGUCUGCUCAGCUUCAUGGUGGAGAAAGGCCCCACCCUCGGCAGCAUUGAGACCUCUGACUACACAAAAAGACAGUUGUCAGCCCAAAGCCUGGCCUUCAACCUCAAGGAUAAAGUGUUCUGUGAGCUGUUUCCUGAUGUAGUCGAUGAGAUGAAGCAGAAACAGAAGGCCCAGGAGGAGUUAAGUGCCCGCACUCAGCCCCUCCCCUUACCCGAUGUGGUACCCGACGGUGACCCUCAGCACGCCAACUAUGGCCUCCCCGCCCUCAAUGGAGGUCCCGCCCCCCUCGGGGGUGCAAACCACGCCCCCGGCCUGCAGCAGGCCAAUCGCAACCAUGGACUUCUAGGUGGGGCUCUUGCCAACCUCUUUGUGAUUGUAGGCUUUGCGGCAUUUGCCUAUACAGUCAAGUACGUGCUGAGGAGCAUAGCCCAGGAGUGAGAGGACCCGGUGUUGUAGGGCCCCUGCAGGUGAGCCAGCUAGUGGACUCCACAUUCUACAAACACUAUGUGGGGGAGGGAUGUUCAGUCCUGGGUUAAACCCCUCCACCACCACCACCACCACCACUACCACCACUACCAUGGACUUUGGAAGACAGCAACUCAAAGCCCACCCAAGGAUUGAGAGGAGGAGGUGGGGGAGUGGACGGGAGUGGCAUUAGGGCCGGGGGAUUGGAGGGGCUUAUUAAAAUGGUUGCGAUUCACUGUGUUUCAGUGGUUUAUGUCAGCAGUAGGAAUAAACUUGGCUCAUGGGUUGUGGAAGAGUGUAGAACUGAGGACAUGGUUUGUUGCACUGUGCUGGAGCCAGGUCCCAACAACAGAAAGAUGCUAAAUAUCAUAAAACAUUACUGAUAAAAGCUGGUUUCUUUAAACAUUUAAGUAGGUAGUUCACAAAGAAGGUGUUGCCCUUCCCAUCACUGCUACAAGUAUUUCCCUUCCUGGUCAUUCAUCAUGUUGUAGAGACCCCCUCAGGGUAUGACUUGAUGAUGCUGUUGUUCCAAAAUCAAGAGAAAAGGAGUGCCAUGAAGACCAGUUGUGUGGUUCUCCUAAUUAAUGUUGUCUUCGACCGAAUUUGAAUCAUGGUUCCGGGAAUCGCAUUCAGUUUUGGAAUUGGAGUCAGUUUUCUUUGUUAUGCCUUUCCAUAUAGUAGCAUCAAGGAAAGAAGUUUCUAUAACCUGUGCUGCAGCUCAAGAACUGGUUUCUCUACCAACAAUUAUCUGCCUUCACUACAUCAAAUGCGUUUGGGUAAACAUGGAAUGUGUUGAUCUCCAGUUAAAAUAGAAAAUUCAAUCAUACAGACACUCAUGAUAUUACACAUGUGUGUAACAUGCUGAAUGACAAUAAAAUUGAUUUAUUACAUCCCUGUCCCUAACUACCCCUGUCAAAGGUUGACUUCCCUAAGAUCUUUGAAGUUGUGCCAAGAAUAUGCCUGUGUAUUGUUGGCACAAAUGGAAGCUCAUAGGAACUGCCUCGUGUUCCAUGCAAGGGUAACGGAAGAUUUAUGACCUGAUUUAUGACCUGUGAAAGGUCAAAGCUCAUAGCACUCACUGACAGAGACGUGUACAACUGCAAAACUAAAUCGAAACACAGCAAAAAGUACACAACAGUGUGAUAAAAGUAGAACCUUGUGCACUUGUCCUUUUAUGUGUAUUUCAUUGAUAGAUCUAUUUUCUGCAGUAAAGCUUAACAGCUGAUGAGUCAUCACAGGCUCAGCAAACAGCGCAGAAAGUCAACCUACAAAGUCAUCAACAGUAUUGACAAGUGUAUUUAUAGCUGUAUCUCAAUUAAUAUAUACAUAAAACGCAUACAACUUGUCCUGUCAGUCUGUGAAAGAGCUACUGCUACGUGGUCAGAGUCCAGGCGUGCUCUCCUGUCAACCCAUGAGCCAAGCAGUGAGCCCAGUGUCUGCACAGAAGUAAAUAGAGACCAGUACCUUCCUUAGCUGACCAGUAUAGCAGCACUCUAUAUAGGUCCAAGUGAAGAGACCCAUGAAGAGAACCGACACUUUUGUUUCUGUAUUUUAUUUUCUAUUUGAUAAUUUUUUUUCUUUGUGUUUUUGUUCUCUUAUUUAUAGAAACAGCCUCGGGUUUAUCUGUAAUCCUAAAGAAACGUCUAUUUUUUUGCCAAGCAGGGCAGUGCGGGCAAACCCAAGCACAGACAUGCCCGGCUCACGUAACUGCUGAUAAUUUACUGUUGUGCAUUGCAUUUAGUGAAGAUGGUUCUACUGUGUAUCUGUUUCAACAGAAAAAAAUUGUCUGAAAGCAGAAGAUUUGCCUUUCUAUAGCUCUUUUUAUGGCACCAUCUUAAAAAAAAAAGACGAACUGAUGAUGAUGAUGAUGAUGGGAGUGCGUUUGUGUGAUCAUACAGCAAAUGUCCAAAUUUCCAUGCUUCAGUUAAUCUUGUGUGACAUUGUAUGUUUUCAUAGUAAAUGCAAAUAAAUUACCCUGCUUGGCAGGGCGUUUUAGGAAA